GUCACCAGAUAAGAUACCUCAAACACUAUGUUAAGGUCUGUCAGCGUUUUAUAUUACUUGGUGGUGGUCCACGUUUUACCUUCUGACUCCCAGUUUGAUGGAUGUCUACCGAAACAGUUCAACUGCAUUGCUGCCAAGCUUCGAGGGGAGUACACACCUCUUGGAUCUCACCUGACGGACAGCACGGAGAAGGUGUUCUAUGACGAAGACAGAAGAAUGAUAGCGAGAGAAGAGUCUGGACAAACGGACGGACAACCAUUCCUGACAAUCCGUCUCUAUGACUAUCCUAACAAAACGUUGUACGAUGUGGUUACAAUUGAUGGCAAAGAGAUAUGUGUGAAGCUGAUCCUAGACGAACCCUUCAAGAAGGUGUGCAUACCAGAAAAUACACAGUUAAUAUGGGGGAAGUCUGUGAUAGGAAUCUAUCCAAACAUGGUGCCCACUAACAGAUAUAAAUGGGAGGUUGGUAACCUGACCACUGAACUCACCUACACCUACACGAUGCAACCAGUUCUACUGGACACGUAUGGCACCGACCAGGACGGAGUGUCUGUGUUUGAGACGGUAUGGGUCCAGAACAUCACGCACACGGCGGCCAGUGCUGACAUCUUCACUCCUCCUCCAAGCUGUAAGGAUGCAGUGUUCCAGGAUACCCAAGAGCAAAACAGACGGAACGUUGGGUACCUGGCAUUUUGAGAGGAGGCAACAUGGAGAAUACUGUUUCCAUGACUACAUUGUACAUGAUUAGUGUAAUAAACGUUAUGUCAACAUUU